CGUCUCCUUCCGCGCCGGGCGCGGUGCGGCCGCAAGGAUCCUCCCGUCAGCGCGGCCCGGUAGAGGCAUGGCGGCGGGCCGGCAGCGGCCUGCGCCAGUGCUCGAGCUGUGGGGGGUGCUGCUGCCGCUGCGGCGGGAGGCAGCGGGGGACUCGGAGGAAGAGACCGACGAGGAGGCCGAGGAGGAGCCGCACUUGGCGGAGGCUGCGUUCCUGGACGGUUCCGGGCAGAAGCUGGCGGCCGCGCUGCCCCCCCGUCGAGCCGUUAUUAUACAAGAAGACAACACUGAGAAGGAGUAUGAAGUAGUUGGACGUUUUCCAUUAGUUGGCCCUUGGUGGAGAGUUAAUGUUAAAGCUAAAAAACUGGGGUCCAAGUACUUCGUGCAAGGAUAUCCAUCGUAUUUUCUGCGGACUGCUAUAGACGAAAACAACCGACAAGUCUUUUCGCUCUUUCUUAAGGAAUGUGCCGUUCCAGAGUAUUUUAGAGAAAAGUUUUUUACUUGGCUUCCUGAGGAGUCCGUGCUGAGUUUUGGGAAUCUUGAAAACACCCUAAAAGAAUUCCAAGCUUCACACUUACCGGCAGGGGUUAAGCAAAGAGACACGAAGAAUUAUGACAUCUUCUACUAUGUUUCAAAGUCAUUUGCAGGAAAGGCAGCAUUGGUAGCUCUGACUUUUCCUAUGAUACUGGAGUUCCUGCCCAUUCUUCUGCCACGCCAUUUUUGCUGUCUGUUGGAUAUGGUGUGUUGGCAAAGAAAGACUGGGAAGAACAGCGGUACAGAUAGCAAGGAAGAGUAUUUUCAAGACAAGAUGCUAACAAAAUUGGACGAGAUCUUAAAGAAUGAGCUAUGGAAACUUGGAUUCAGCAGGAUCAUCUAUAGAGAACUGAAACUUCCCUACUGUGAGGCAACGUGGGCUGCGUUUUGUCAGUGUGAACAUCUCCUCUGGAAGAUCCCUGAGUUGCAGAAGAAUGCGUUAAUUCUGUAUGAUCAGCUCAAGAAACGGUGUAGAGAAAUGGGGCACACUUAUCAAGAUCAAGAUGAAUUAGCUCAUUUUGUAUCUAAAGAUAUGUCCAUUGAGCAUGUUUGGCAAUCUCUUGAAUUUUUGAAGGACCAGAGCAUAGUGAUUAAGGAGAAAAAACUAGUAUUUCUGCCUUAUCUUUAUAAAUCUGAAAAAGACAUUGCAAUGUAUAUAAGUAAACUUCUGUCAAACCGCUCAUGGAAACUGGAUGUUGAUGUGAAAAAGGUACUUAAUGUUUCUGAGACGUCAAGAGAAAUGGUAGAUAUCGGCGUGAAUGUUACCCAGGCACAUGAAAUGGAACAUAUGAACGAAAAUAGUCCAGAUAAUCAUAAUUGUGAAAAUCACUUUGCUGAAAAGGAAGUGGGGUCUACAUCUGGUACCCAGAGUAAAGCAGAGUUAGACUUAGAUCAGGUGAUUGCUUUGGAGAAGAUUUGUUCUAAUCCCAUCACAAUCAUAAGUGGAAAAGGAGGCUGUGGGAAGAGUACCAUAGUUAGCUACCUUUUUCGUCACUUGAAGCAGAUGGAAAAAGAAGUGGAAGCUGCUUCUAAGGCCUUUGAAGAAGACCUGGAUGCAUCUGAGGAAUGGAAUGCCUUUGAUCUUAGCGGGGAGUCAGAGAAUAUGUACGCAAAAAAAAAUGUGCACGUACUAUUUACUGCACCUACAGGGAGGGCUGCAGGCCUUCUGAGUCAAAAAACAAAUAUUCCUGCAUAUACACUGCAUCAGAUAAUCUAUAGUUUCAGAUCCUGGAGGCAGAGUGAACAAUUACAGCCAUGGAAAUUUUCUACUGUGACAGUUCUGAUUGUGGAUGAAGGAAGUUUGGUGUCUGUACACAUUCUGAGUUUGGUUUUAAAACUCUUAUUCGAGCAUGCUCAGCUUGCCAAACUUAUUAUCCUAGGUGAUACUAGACAGCUACCAAGCAUAGACCCAGGAAACAUGUUAGCUGAUAUCUUUGAGGGCCUAAAAUCAAGAGGCUUUUCUGUGGAACUGCGAACUAAUCACAGAGCUGAAUCACAGCUAAUUGUAGAUAAUGCAUCAAGAAUCUCUCACCGGCAGCUGCCUGAAUUUGAUGAGGUGCUGAAAGUUUCUGCUUGGAAUGAGGAAAUGAAAAUGCCAGGCCCAGAGAAGAAGUUCAUUUUCAUUGCUUUGCCUGCUGGCGGGGGUUGUGACAAGUUGCAAACUGCCAUAAAGACUUUACUUAAAAAAGGACCAGGAUUGCAGGAUGCCAAACAAUCACAGUUCAUUGCUUUCAGAAGGCAAGAUUGCGAUGUAAUAAAUGAACUUUGUUGCCAACACUAUUCGAAUCAUUUAACCAGAGACCAUAAAAAACGCCUCUUAUUUCAAAUUGAUGACAAGAUUUCUUGCACACGGAAUACGUACCUCAAGGAUCUCUUGCCAGGUUGUGGUUUUGGGGGGGGUCCUUAUCACCAUGAACACAAAAGUGGAGAAAGCGCUCUCACUGCAGACACUGCUGAGGAGGGCAAGCGACUGUGCAAUGGAGACAUAUUUUUCAUAACAAACGAUGUAGAAAUUAAUAAACAGCGCUUACUGACCAUCAGCAGCACGUACGGCUCUACAUUCACCGUGGAUUAUAAGGCACUGAAGAAGCUAUGCCACAUAAAACAUGCAUGGGCCAGAACUAUUCACACAUUUCAGGGUUCUGAGGAGAAAACUGUUGUCUAUGUGGUUGGCAACCCUGGCCGUCAGCACUGGCAGCAUGUGUACACAGCCGUGACCAGAGGAUGUUGCCGUGUCUAUGUUAUAGCAGAAGAGCCGCACCUCAGGAGAGCGGUCACUAACAAGAGUGUGCCCAGAAAAACUCACUUACAGAGGUUUUUGAGAGAGGCAAUUGCAGAAAGGAGCAGCUGUCCCGGACACACUUCCUCUCCCCUGACCAAGAGCUGGCUGAGUCAGGACCCUGAGACCCAGUCUGUUCGUCUAACCCAAGGUGCUCCUGAGCCACCUGAGCCUCUAACAGACCUGAUUAAACAGGCAGAGUCAGCAGUUCUCAUUCAAGAAGAGCAGACAGACAUUUUGCAGCAAAGUGCACGUAAAAGGCAACAAACCCUAGCAGAGAAUUCCGAGGAUGCUAUGGAAACACCCUGGAGAACAGAAGAUUCCCCACUUCAAUCUUCCAGACUUAGGAAUCUAACUUUGGGUCACGUAACUCCUAGGAAGCUUUUAAAGAAGUAACAGCCAAUCAACUGUCCUUAUUAUGAAUCUUUCUUGAACCUGUUCCAUUCAAGAAUUCAGAACAGAGAAGCUGGUUGUGCAGAUAAUUUUCCCGUAUGCUUUCCCGUACUUGCAUGUUCUAUAAAGUACAUGCUGUUUUUGUUUUAAAGUGACCCUUUUCAGAGAUCUGCCCUUUAGUAAAAAGGUUGUGUUGGUCAUCAAAUAUAAUUAUUUUGUUUCAGUGAAGAAAGAGAGGAUCCAGAUGUUCCAUACAAAAAUACCUGGUGAUUUCCAGAUUUGAAGGCUAGCUGCCCAUACCACGAUCUCUCCAUCUCCUAAUGCUACAGAACUGAUGAGAACUUGUUACAUGUGCCAAAACUGUGGUUUGCUCUUGGGAGUCAAAAAGCAGUUUGCAAAGGGGAUGUUUCUGGUGUGUGGCUGUGAGGUUUUCAUUGAUUAUGGGUUUUAAUCUUGUUAAAAGAUUAAAAAUAACAAGAAAGUUGCAACCAGUGACACAGAAAUUUUCCCCCACUUCGUACUUGAGAGAGAUGUACAACUUGCUGCUUCAGCUCACAAUUAUAUGCUGGUAAUGAUCUGGGUAAGAAAUCAAAAUUCCCAGUUGGAGUUAGAUAAAACAUUCCGAUUUCAACUUCUGUGUACCAUGUAUGUGACUUACCGCAUUGUAACUCUGGAGAUCAGCAAGAUGGAUGCUGAUCAAACAUCAGACAAAUUGCACUAAAAUUUGGACAGCUUCCUUUUUUCUUUUUACGUGUACAGCUGGAAUUCCCCCCCCCCCCAAAAAAAAAAAGCUGUGGAAAAAAAUGCCACUUAAUUUUUUA